AUGUCGGUAUCGGUUCCGGGAAAUGCCACAGCUGGCGCGCAGGCAGGUGGAGGGGGCCAUGGAGCAGCAGCGGGAGGAGCUACCAGCAGCGUGGAUCAUGCUGUCGUGAACAAGAUGCUUUCUCACUACUUGUUGAUUGUUCUGGGUGCAGUCUCGGGAGCCCUGCUCAUCUGGCGAGUUACCACAGUCUUGGUCCGAUAUGUCAGGACGGUAACCUGCCUUCACAACGACCAACAGCGAUACUUCGCCAAGCCAUCCCACAACUACUCAUGGUUCCAGAAGAACAUCCUCUACGCACCCAUCUUUAGCAAGAGGCACAACCGCGAGUUCCAGAUCAGCUCGGCCCUCAAUGUCGGCACUCUUCCGUCCCGUCUUCAGCUUUUUUUCCUCUUGGCCUACCUUGGCACCAACGUUGCCUUUUGCGUCAUGACCAUCGACUUCUCCGGCCCUCUUGGUCAAGUUGCGGCACUCAUUAGAAACAGGACCGGAUACCUCGCUGUUGUCAACAUGAUCCCUCUGUUCCUCAUGGCUGGCCGCAACAACCCUCUCAUCAAUCUUCUCGGCAUCUCUUUCGACACCUUCAAUCUUCUUCACCGCUGGUUUGGGCGUAUUGUCAUGCUGGAGUCUGUUGCCCACACAGUGGCCUGGUUGGUUGGCAAUGCUUCCAAGAAUGGCUGGAGCGCUGCUUUCAACACUGCCAUCACCGUCAAGUUUCUGAUGUGGGGAUUCAUUUCGACCUGUGCCAUGAUUGCCCUUUGCAUUCAGGCAUCCAGCAUUUUCAGACACGCCUACUAUGAGACCUUCAAGAUUGCCCAUAUCGCCCUCGCCAUCUUGGCGGUUCUUGGUCUCUGGUACCACCUCGACCUCAAGAAGCUCCCACAGCUCAAGUAUCUCUACGCCGUUUGUGCCCUGUGGAUCUUUGACCGUGCUGCCCGUUUCCUUCGUGUCGGAUAUCGCAACAUCGGAGCCGGUGGGACCAAGACUCUCGUUGAGGCUCUCCCUGGCGGUGCCUGCCGCGUGACUGUCAGCAUGGCCCGCCCUUGGGAUUUCCGGCCCGGACAGCACGCCUACCUUUACAUGCCAUCUAUCGGUUUCUGGCAAUCUCACCCUUUCACCGUAGCCUGGAGCGACGAAGCUGAGCAGCUCGACGGUGAAAAGGGUCUCCCGAUGGACCGCCACGAUGUCUUGUAUCAGAAGAAGACGUCUGUUUCUUUCAUCAUCCGUGGCCGCACCGGCUUCACUGGUGCACUCUACAGCCGCGCGGCCGCCAACCCCGACGGAAAGCUUGUUACCCGUUGUCUUGUCGAGGGUCCCUAUCGCGGCUCUCAUCAACUUCACUCGUACGGAACAGUCAUGCUCUUUGCCGGUGGUGUUGGUGUGACCCAGGCCGUUCCCCACGUCCGUGAUCUCGUCGCUGGUUAUAGCAACGGGACAGUUGCUGCUCGCAAGGUCAUCAUGGUCUGGGUGAUCCAGACUCCUGAGCACCUCGAAUGGAUUCGCCCCUGGAUGACCGAGAUUCUGGCCAUGGAGAAGCGCCGCGAGGUUCUCAAGAUCAUGUUGUUCGUCAGCAGGCCUCGCUCGACCAAGGAAAUUCACAGCCCCAGCUCGACAGUACAGAUGUUCCCCGGCCGACCCAACAUCGACACACUGCUGGGUAUGGAGAUGGAGAACCAGAUCGGCACCAUGGCUGUGACUGUGUGCGGGCCAGGCGCGCUGAGCGAUGAGGUCAGGCGGGCAGUGAGAAAUAAGCAGUAUAACGGAGCUGUGGACUUUGUGGAGGAGGCCUUUUCGUGGUAG